AUGUUCAACAGGAACAAAACAGCGAUUCUCCUUGAAACCUUAUCAAGGGAUUUCAGUCCGUUCGAGGAGCUGCUCCAAGUCUACACGGCAGCAGCGGAUGAUAUUGACUGUUGCCCCUACUACCAGCCUCGCACGGUCCUAUUCAAGCGCUUCCCCGACGAUACCGGUCAUACGAUCGGACCGCAGCCUGGGUGCAUAAAUUAUGGUGCCAACUACUCUGCAGAAUCGAACAAGCCAAGCACUACAAUUCGCAAGGUAGCAGGCGCGGCGACUAGAAGCGUUGCGGUACUGACCGAGGAUGACUUACGGCCUGUCUUGCGCAUGUGCCGGGUGGUCCGUCGAUGGGAGCAGCUAUUUCCACAGAUGCGAUGGUUCUACUACCCAGAGGCUUGCAGAACAUUGCGUGCUCAAGAGCUUCCAAGAUUUCGGCGCGCGUUUUAUCGAUGGUGGCUCUAUGGCACGUAUUUUCAUGGCGAAUGGACACGCCCUCAGAUCGGGCAUCCUAUACCUUUCGUGCUGGAUGUGAGGGUGAGCCAAAUGCGCCGGUACUCGACUGCGGAGCUAAUGGAGCUGCUUGAUCUGCACGAGACAAUGAAGGAUGUUAUUCUGCACUACAUCUGCCCCCGAUUGGACCCUACUUACCAACUGUCGCACAACCCCGCUCCGCUCAUGGAGAAAGUCGGCAGAGAACAUUCCCUCAAAACCACGUGGAACGAUCAGAGCAAAUGGGCGCGAAUUGUCAAGACCUAUGCUAAGUUAGGCCCUGAGGAGCUGAUGCACUACUUCGAGAAUAUCUACAGCUACACACGAAAACGUCUCAUUGCCGAAAUUCGUCUAGAGCGCCCAACCUUUACUUUCGAUCAGGAGUCGCUUCAGGGAGUCAUUCGAUGCGUGCUUGAAGAGCGACAGCUAGUAGAUAACUUGCCUAUUAUUCCAGGGGACUGCGAAGGCGGUAUACUGGACUUUGACGACGAGCGAGACGUGCGACGAAUGGAUUUUGAACAAGAUGGAAGGGUAGACGGCACACUCCCGCCUGGUGUACCAGCUGUGCAACAAUUCUCGCGCCAUUCUCCACGGGGAGAUGAUGGAGAAUAUCUAGAGGAGGAAUUGCACAGCGUGUUUGACGUACAUGGAUAUACCGCCGUGCUACAGGCAUAG